AAUUAUUUUUUUGGAUCAUUCAAAUUUCAAACAACAAUAAUAUUUCCUGUUGGAAAAAGUUGCUAAAUUCUCUAUUUCUCUGAAUUGAUCGAUUGAUAUAAUAUAAUACGGUACGAUAUAAUGGUUUGUUUUUGCUUUUUGGUGGAUCAGAAGAAGAUGAUGAGGCAGAGUAAGCCCGUGGCCGGUUCGUGUUCACGUUGCGGCCACGGAGCUCAAGUUGCUGAUAUGCGUACCGCUACCAGAUUUUGUUAUGUUCCAUUUUACUGGAAAUCUUGGAAGGUUAUUGUUUGUUCCUUUUGUGGUGCUGUUCUCAAAUCUUACAGAUAAUAAUAACAAUAAUAUAUAUGAAUAUAUAUAUAUAUGUAUAGUAUCUAUAGAAUAGAAACUCGAAAAUAAUAUAUAUAUAUAUAUAUAUAAAAUCGUCUUUUGUAUCGCGUCAAGAGAAAUGACAUAGAUAAGAUCAUUGCUUAAAGAGUUUCAUUGUCGAAUUGAUCUCGAAAUUGGAUCAUAUAUAUAUACAUACAUCCUUUAUGUU